AUGGAAGAGGACCUGUUGCAAGAAAACCUAAGAGAGAUGAAGGUUGCCCUUUUCUGGACUGAGGAAGUGUUCUACGCCGAUAGACUCCUACAACUAGGUGACUUAAUAAAUGCCAAAGGAGCCCAAGAUUAUAUAUAUAGUAACAAAAUUAGUAUACUUCAAGAUAACAAAACAAAGAAAUGGUCAAUUGGACUACAAUUUGUUCAAUUUCAAAAAAAUAGUUCUCAUCAUCGUGUGAUUGGUAGGUCACCGUAUAAGGCUUUAUUUGGGAAUGAUCCGAAAGUUGGAUUAGCUACAUCCAAUUUACCAAUAGAAAUUUUACAAAAAUUGGUAACGGAAGAAGACUUAGAAGAAAUCUACAAAGAAGAAAGUGAGAUCGAAAAAAUAACUGUUCCAUGUAAUGUUUGCGGAACAGAAUGUUGUAUGGAAACGGACUCCGCCGAAGCAAUUUUAUGUAAUUUAUGUGAGAAGAAUAUAAAAAUUAAGGAAGCACGUCAUCUAGGCGCUAUAGGAAUAGAAAAGCAAGCCGAAAAAAUGUUACAAGAUAGUAAGAUCAAAAUACCAACAUUUAAAGUUGGAGACUGUGUUGUAAUCCCGGUUCCAAAGGUGGAUAGAGGUCCUGCAGACCCAGCCAACAUUAUUGGAGUAGUGAUUGGCCAAAAAAAUGACCUUAACCAUUUAGGAACUGAACAUGGCAUACUGAAAGGUUGGUAUGGUCCUGGAACUAUACAACCAGCCACAUCAAAUUUCAUUGACAUCGAGAAAGUAAAUAAGACAAAAGAGAUGUCAUUAAGAGAAAUUGUCUCUUCUUUAACUGGAGGUCAAGGUUUUUUAAGCUGUUGUUGUAAAGGCAAAUGUCAAACUAAAAAAUGUGCUUGUUUUAAAGGUAAUUUAAAAUGUAAUUCUCGCUGCCAUAACUCACAAACUUGUCUGAAUAAAUAAUAGUUUGUAUUAAAGUAUUAUAAUAUUAUAAUAUUUGUAAAACAUUAAAUAUAAUAUGUAAAAAUUAGUAAGCAUAAUAGUUUG